GCCAUAUUGAGUGUGGCAGGAAGAGCAGAGAGGCCCGCGCGCUCCCGGCCGGCCGCGAUUGCCAGCAUCUGUCACCGUCCCCGCCGCUCCUGGGGUCUGAGAGUCCUUGCCCUCGCUGUUUGCUCGCUGGAGCUCCCACUUACAUGUUUGAAGAUCUCAUCCUCUCACACUGCUGUCGGAGGCUGCUGGCUGUUUCAGCCCUUGGUGCCUUGCCAGCGGUGGCAGGAGUGCAGAAGCCCACCCCACAAGGCAGAGGGGCUCAGCCCUGGCAGCCUGUGCCCCAUGUCCCUCCGCGAGCACGCGCUGUCCCUGUUCCGCGGCGCCCUGGGCACCGUCCGCCCCGCUCCCAUGCUGAGGAGGGCUCUGAAGCUCCAGGGAGAUGGGAGCCCUCAGCUGCUGGUCAAGGGCCAGGCCUUUCCACUGAAGAGGGACCACCUGUACCUGGUGGGUUUUGGAAAAGCUGUGCUGGGGAUGGCUGCAGCAGCAGAAGAGAUCCUGGGAGAGCACCUCACUCGGGGGAUUAUCAAUGUGCCACUGGGGAUCCAGGAGAGCCUGCAGCGAGCAGGAAUGCAGGAGAUGCUGCUGAAGCCACACAGCAGAAUCCAGGUCAUCGAAGGUGCCAAGAACAACCUCCCAGAUGCAGAGGCUCUGAAGGGAGCAGUUGCCAUCCAGGAGCUGGCUGAGGGUCUGACUGCAGAUGACCUGCUCCUUGUGCUCAUCUCAGGGGGUGGAUCAGCCCUCCUGCCUGCUCCCAUCCCUCCCAUCCUGCUGGAGGAGAAGGAGAAGCUCACAAAGCUGUUGGCUUCCCGAGGAGCUGCCAUACAGGAGCUGAACAUCGUCCGGAAGACUCUGUCUGUGCUGAAGGGUGGAGGGCUGGCCCAGCUGGCACAUCCUGCUCGGGUGGUGAGUCUCAUCCUGUCUGAUGUGAUAGGUGACCCCCUGGACAUCAUAGCGAGUGGGCCCACUGCUCCCAGCUCCCACAGUGUCCAAGACUGCCUUCAGAUACUCACCAAAUACAACCUGCUGCACAGCCUGCCCAAGUCAGUGGAAAUGGUUCUCUCCAGCUCUCCCACCAAGCCCACUGCUCCAGAAAACUACUCCCACGUUUCCAACAUCAUCCUUGGCUCCAACAGGCUGGCUCUGGAGGAGGCCAGGCGCCAGGCUGAGGGCCUGGGCUAUGCAGCCCUGGUGCUGAGUGCAGCAGUGCAGGGGGAAGUGGGCCAUGUUGCCACCCUGUACUGCCAGCUGAUCCAGCUGCUCUGCCUGGGCUUCAGCAGCCUCGCAGAAGGGCCCCUGGGGGACGAGCUGAGGGGCAAUCUCCUGCAGCUGGCAGCAGAGCUGCAGAUCCCAGGCUUGCACCUGGAGGAGUUCCUACAGGCCCUGAGAGGAUUGGGGCCCGACAGACCAGUCUGCAUCCUGGCUGGUGGAGAAACCACAGUCCAGCUCCAAGGAACAGGAAAGGGAGGGAGAAACCAGGAGCUGGCCCUGCGUGUGGGGCUGGGGCUGCACAGGGCCCAGGCCACAGGAGCCAGCAGCCCCCAAGGGAGGUGUGAGAUCCUCUUCCUCAGUGGGGGAACAGACGGGCAGGAUGGGCCAACGGAGGCAGCAGGAGCCUUCUGCAGCCCAGGGCUGGUGGCUGAGGCACUUCAGGAGGGCCUGGAUGUGGAGGCCUUUCUCAGGAACAACGACUCCUACACGUUCUUCAGCCAGUUUCAAGGUGGGCAUCACCUCCUGGUGACAGGCUUGACAGGCACCAAUGUCAUGGACAUCCAGGCCAUUUUAAUUAGAGCCACGGAGAGAUCAUGAGAGCUCCCUCUGCAGACACCCAGAUGCACUUAAUUAGGAGCAGGAGUAAAUGAAAGCACCAAUGCUGUGGACAAAUGCAAACUACUUAAAUUAGGGCUCACUGUUGAGGCUGCCAGUGUCUUUGACAGAAAGAAUCCACUAAUUAGAUACAUCAGUGGACAUCCACAGCAAAAACAAGCACUUGUAAUUGGUGGGAUCAGAGGAAGGUAAGAGGUCACAUUACAGACAAGGAAACUGGAUUUAAGGCUUGUGACUGCUCCAGCUAUGGUUAAUUUAAGAGAUGUAGGGAAGUUGAGGCCAUUUGCAGGGCUACCAUGGAGAGCCCUUGCUGCACUGUUGCACUUGUGGUGCUCCCAGCUAAGAGCAGCUCAGCAGUGGGGUUUUAGGGGUCGACUGGAGCAAAUUACAGCAAGGCCUGCUCACAUGAAGCAUGGAGCUGCUGGGGGGAUGUGCUGGGAAGGGGACACCCAGCACCUGCUCCACAAGCCAGCACAGUGCCCUGCAGCUCUUCCCACAGCAGGGUACUGAGAUGACAAGAGACCCCAGGCCCAGCAGGAUGCACAGCAGGAGUGUGGCUAAGAAGCACAUUGGCACAGAGAAGUUCUUGAUACUGGCUGGGUGACACAAGCAGUGCACAGUGACAAAGAGGACGACAUACCUUCACUGUACAGUGUAAGGAUGGGGAUGAAUGAAGCGCAGUGACAAGCCAUCUGUGUGGAGUCCUCCUCCAGCCUCCUUUCCUCCACAGCAACAUCUUCCCUGCUGGUCCCUGUUGGGAGAGCCUGUGUGCCAGCAGCUUGUAUGCUAUGAGCUUUCAUGGUGUUGUUUUCCAGCUGUAGAAAACUGUCGUGCAUCCAGCCUGAGCCACUGACCUUUCCUCUGCACUGAGGCAGAAGUUGCUGUCAUUCUGAUUAACUCUGCUAAUUCCACAGAACAAAAGACAAGGAAACCUUCGUGCUCAGCUCUCCUGACCCAUACUGCUGAGCUGAUCAAAGGGCAGAUCUGCCAGAGCUGUGCUCUGACAGGAAGCUGCUCCCCCCACAUGCACGAGGACACAGUUUUUGUCACCUACUGCAGUGUGGUAUGCGGGAGAGCAGAGAUGAGCUCGGUUUCCCAGGACAGGGAGCUCACAGUGGGGCUGGAUUUCAGGAGGGCUUUGCCUGCAGCAACAGGCACACUGACGGUUUGGCUGGGUAUUCAAAGGGCUUUAGCUCAGCAGCCAGGAUGACCCAGCACGUCCAACUCCUUUUGAAUAUCCGUCUGUUUGUUACAGAGCCUAAGUGGGAGCUGAGCUCCUUUGAAAAUCCAGCUCUAAUGUAAUAGGACACGCUUGACUCAGACUCUUUCCAGACAGCCCGACCUACUCCGUGUGCCUGAUCUCAUCUCGUGACAUAAAUACACCCUUGUGCCAACAGCCUGUGGUGUCUCACUGAACAGUCACUUGUUCUGCACCCCACUUCAAGGUGGAUCAGAGGGUGGGGUUUUGUGGAGGAUGCAAAACCUCCUAUUUUGGUUUUGAAGCCAGUAUCUAACAAGUAGGGAUAUCAGCAGGACCAUCGUGGGGCCUGCUGUCGAUGCCAGGCUGGCAGCUGGACAUUCUGGGCUACAGCCCAGGCUCAGAAUAAGGCACAACCCUGGGAAUUUCAAAACCCCACUCUUGCCCGGUGGUUUAAACUCAUCCAUGCAUCUCAUUUGUCCUCAGAGUCUGAAGGUCUUUUGUAACAUGCCUGAACUUGCUCACAGUGGCAAACAGCUCUGAGAUCUGCUGGGGAAAAUCUGCCAAGCAUUACAGAGCUCACUGUGCCCCCUGUAAUGUCAGGGGUGGUUGUGCAGGAGAAGCUGCUUUGUGCCCUGUGUUUUUCUCCAGAGGUCGCUGGCAGGUCGCCUGCUCCGUGCCCAGCAGGGCAGCUCCACGGGGCACUAACACGGGCAGCCACACAGCCACAGGUGUGGGCUGCAGCCAGGACAGCUGGGUGAGGCUGGCUCCACACUGCUGGGUGCUCCCUGGGCCAUUCUGCUGGCUCCACACUGCUGGGUGCUCCCUGGGCCAUUCUGCUGGCUCCACACUGCUGGGUGCUCCCUGGGCCACUCUGCUGGCUCCACACUGCUGGGUGCUCCCUGGGCCAUUCUGCUCCAGCAGAAUGCAGAGCGACUCCCUUUCAGGCUGGGGUGCCUGGCAGAAGGGUCACUUCAGCAGCAGACCAGUGUGCCAGCCUGGGCACACUGCCACCACUGCCACAGGGCCACCACAACCCCCUGCCCACAGCUCUGCCACACUGCUGAACACCACCCUGGACUUGGAGCUGCUGCUUGUGCUGCCUCCCAGUCAAUUCCAGAGGACCUUGGGCUAGUGCUGGCUGGCUUCUCCUGGGAAAUGCCUGCUCCAGGUAGCCCCAGCAGUGUCCUUGCUUCCUGAAUGGUGGCUUUUCAUAACGAUUAAAGAGUGUGUGUUGGGGAGGAGAGAAGUCUAAUAAAAGCUUUGUUGAAAGGAUGGAGCUGUUUGAAGUGCAUUUCCCAUCUACCUUUGCUUGGCUGCCAUAUAUGGAUUUUUGUUCUUGUCCUUUCUUUCCUAAUGAGGAGAUGACAGGCCAGGGGGAGGUUCAGCAAGAACACCCAGGCUACAGAAAUACUUCUCUGAUGCUUCUGCCUGGAUAACUCAAAGCUCCA